CGUCCACCCCGCCCGCGAGUGCGCCUCAGCCGGGACGCCGCCCCCGGCCCGGUCUCCACUUCUCGGCCGCACCACCCAUGACAGCGCCCGCACGAAGAUGGCUGCGAAGGGCGCGCACGGCACCCACCUGAAGGUGGAGGGCGAGCUGGAGCGCUGCCGCGCCGAAGGCCACUGGGACCGCAUGCCUGAGCUGGUCCGGCAGCUGCAGACGCUGGGCAUGCCCGGCAGCGGAGGGCGGAGCAACCCGAGCGCCGCGUUCACCUCUCUGGACACCGAUGACUUUGGCAAAUUGCUGCUAGCAGAGGCCCUCCUGGAGCAGUGUUUGAAAAAGAACCAUGCCAAAAUAAAAGACUCCAUUCCUUUGCAGGAGAAGAAUGAGCAAAAGAUGAAUGAAGCCAAAAAUUAUCUGAGUAGUAUCCUUAACCAUGGGAAGCUGCCGCCGCAGUACAUGCUAGAGGCCAUGCUGAUACUGGGCAAGCUGCAUUACGUGGAGGGAUCGUACCGAGAUGCCAUCAGCAUGUAUGCACGGGCCGGGAUUGAUGACAUGUCUGUGGAGAACAAACCCUUGUAUCAGAUGCGGAUGCUGUCGGAGGCUUUUGUCAUCAAAGGACUCUCCCUGGAACGCCUACCCAACUCCAUCGCUUCCCGCUACCGCCUGACUGAGAGGGAGGAGGAAGUGAUCGCCUGUUUUGAGAGGGCCUCCUGGAUCGCUCAGGUGUUCCUACAAGAAUUAGAAAAGACCACAAAUAACAGCACACCGAGGCACCUGAAAGGCUCUCACCAGGUUGACUAUGAGCUCACCUACUUCCUGGAAGCCGCCCUCCAGAGUGCAUUUGUGAAAAACCUGAAGAAGGGGAACAUCGUGAAGGCCAUGAGAGAGCUCCGGGAGAUUCUACGGACUGUGGAGACCAAAGCAACACAGAACUUCAAAGUGAUGGCGGCCAAACACCUGGCAGGGGUCCUGCUGCACUCCCUGAGUGAAGAAUGCUAUUGGAGCCCCCUAUCCCACCCACUGCCUGAGUUCAUGAGCAAGGAGGAGAAUUCCUUUGUCACACAGGCCCUACGGAAACCUCACCUCUACGAAGGAGACAACCUCUACUGCCCAAAGGAUAACAUCGAGGAAGCCCUCCUGCUCCUCCUCAUCAGUGAGUCCAUGGCAACUCGGGAUGUGGUGCUCAGCCGGGUGCCGGAGCAGGAGGAGGAUCGGACAGUGAGCCUGCAGAAUGCUGCGGCCAUCUAUGACCUCCUGAGCAUCACGCUGGGCAGGAGGGGGCAGUACGUCAUGCUCUCUGAGUGCCUGGAGCGAGCCAUGAAGUUUGCAUUUGGAGAAUUUCACCUUUGGUACCAAGUGGCCCUGUCCAUGGUGGCUUGUGGGAAGUCGGCCUAUGCUGUGUCGUUGCUGCGGGAGUGUGUGAAGCUGCGGCCCUCAGACCCCACCGUGCCCCUGAUGGCUGCCAAGGUCUGCAUUGGGUCCCUGCACUGGCUGGAGGAGGCUGAGCACUUUGCCUUGAUGGUGAUCGGCCUUGGGGAAGAAGCUGGGGAGUUCCUCCCCAAGGGCUACCUGGCACUAGGUCUCACCUACAGCCUACAGGCCUCUGACGCCACCCUGAAGUCCAAGCAGGAUGAAUUGCACCGGAAGGCGCUGCAGAUGCUGGAGAGAGCCCAGCAGCUGGCACCUGACGACCCCCAGGUCAUCCUCUAUGUCUCCCUGCAACUGGCCCUCGUCCGACAGAUCUCCAGUGCCAUGGAGCAGCUGCAGGAAGCCCUGAAGGUGUGCAGGGAUGAUGUCAAUGCCCUCCACCUGCUGGCCCUGCUUUUCUCCGCACAGAAACACUACCAGCAUGCCCUGGACGUCACCAACAUGGCCAUCACGGAGUACCCCGAGAACUUUAACCUGAUGUUCACCAAGGUGAAGCUGGAGCAAGUCCUGAAAGGCCCAGAAGAAGCCCUUGUGACCUGCAGACAAAUGCUGAGGCUAUGGCAGACCCUGUACAGCUUCUCCCAGCUGGGAGGCCUGGAAAAGGAUGGCAGCCUCGGCGAGGGCCUCACAAUGAAGAAGCAAAGUGGCAUGCACCUGACUCUACCUGAUGCUCACGAUGCAGACUCUGGCUCUCGGCAGGCAUCAUCCAUUGCAGCCUCCCGGCUGGAGGAGGCCAUGUCUGAGCUGAACAUGCCUACUGCAGUCUUGAAGCAAGGUCCCAUGCAACUGUGGACCACACUGGAACGGAUCUGGCUCCAGGCUGCGGAGCUGUUCAUGGAGCAGCAACAUCUCAAGGAAGCAGGUUUCUGCAUCCAGGAGGCAGCAAGCCUCUUCCCCACCUCUCACUCGGUACUCUACAUGCGGGGCCGGCUGGCCGAGCUGAAAGGCAGCUUAGAGGAAGCCAAGCAGCUGUAUAAGGAGGCACUCACAGUGAACCCGGAUGGUGUGCGCAUCAUGCACAGCCUGGGCCUGAUGCUGAGUCGGUUGGGCCACAAGAGCUUGGCCCAGAAGGUGCUGCGGGACGCCGUGGAAAGGCAGAGCACCUGCCAUGAAGCAUGGCAGGGCCUGGGAGAGGUGCUGCAGGCACAGGGUCAGAACGAGGCCGCCGUCGACUGUUUCCUCACCGCCCUGGAGCUGGAGGCCAGCAGCCCUGUGCUGCCCUUCUCCAUCAUCCCCAGAGAGCUCUGAUUCGGCAGGGGGAAGGCAGGCAGACAGGCAGCGAGAGCAUGGGUCAGGAGAGGGAUAGUGGCAUUCAGGUAUGGCCUCAGAGAAAUACAUCUCUAGUGAACACUUCUGUAGGCUGCAGCCCUAGCUCUCCUGACCUUUCCCCACCCUCCCCCUUCCCACCCUUACAUUUCCUUCAGGGCCAACUGGGCAUGGGUACUGCUCAUCUGGAAUAGGGGACAAGAUUUGUAUUUGUGCAAAUCUCUUGCUCCUUGGACUCAGACAUUGUAUCACUUAUGAGCAAGGAAGAAGCUGGGAGGCCAUAUCUCCAUGGAGCCUCUCCCCAGCCCAUCUGUGCAUCAUCUAAAUAUGUUCUAAGUGUCCAUGUGUCUUGGGUACCUCUCCCCUAUUGUCUCAGAGCCCCCUCCCUCAAUAUCCCUGACUUUUGUCUUAAGCCUCAGGUUUUUGCUCUGCAACACCAAAGGUGAACCCCAUGAAUUAUCCUUUGGCUGGGCCAACAGGGUCUUUCUGGAUUCCUUUUUUAGUGCCUUGGGAAACAGUCUGGCUUGAGCCCUAAGUGACUUUUCAGAGUUGUGGUGACUAGACUUGUUCCUUGCCAGCUCAGGCAUGGGAGCCUCACAGCUGUUCUUCACCCCAACCCAUGCCUCUGCCUUGGGGUCUGGAAGUCCUACAGCCUAGGUACACUCCCCAGAAACAGGAUCAGGCAGGCUUCUGGAUCACUCUCGGAUUUUACCCAGGGCAGUCACAGUUUGAAGAAAUUGCUGGCAAGUGGGAAGUCGAUGAUAUCUCUGGGUUCCUUCCCCAGACUUGGAGUUAGUGGAUGAUGCCCAGCAUUGCCCCUCUGCUUAACAAGGCCAACUGGGCCUCAUUGUGUCCUUCCCCUCUGCUGCCAGGUGCCUUCAGGAUCUCCGGUAUCUGCCCAGGGGCACUGAGGACUAACCCUAGCUCUUCCAUUUUUACCCUCCACACCCACUCCUUGGAAACAUGCUGAGCCCAAGCAGCCAUUAGCCCUAAGAUAGAACUCAGGAUAGAACAUAUGGCUGCUGGACUCAGCCCUUUCUAAUGCCACACGUCCACAUCAUUCCUUCAAGCCUUCCACCAUAAUGCAGGUCCCUCUAGGAUUAAUACGGAGGUGGUUGUCUCUGCGACUGUUCCCAGUGCAUCUUAGCACCACAGCCCAUUUUUUUCCUUUUUCUUUAACCCUAACCCACCAUAACCCAUUUUUUACUUGGGAGAUUUUUGGGCAACCCAAGCUCCCCUGCUGAAGCC